AGGCGUUGCCAUUGAAAGUCGUUUGAAACGCGAGUGAGCACAAUGUGUAAAUAUUAAAUGUAUAUGAAUUUCGAGUGUGAGCGUGUCUGUGUGGAAUGUGCAGAACAUGUUCUGUUAUCGAUAUCUUAUCGUAAUUUGUGCGAUUGCGUGCACAAAUGCUCAGAUCAUACCGCUAUCGAGCUAUUGCCAUCAUGUCCAUGAGUGGUGCACCUGCGAGCCGCAGGCGAAUCUGGUGCGCGUCUAUUGCCGGGACGAGUAUGCCAUGAUCUUACAGAUCACGGACACGGGCAACAAUAUUGCGAUGAGCUAUUAUGCGAAUGGCGAAAUACACUGGCUGCCGCGCCUCAAUGUCAGCGAGGUGGCACAGUUUGAGUUUGAUGCCUAUAAUUAUUGGUCGGAGACAUUUUUCCGGGAGCUACUGAAUGCCCUGGGCGUGCAGCAGGUAUUGAGCAUACAGUUUCGUGAUCGGAGUAUGGAAUCCGAAUUUGGGCUGAAGCCCAAUGAUGAUGAUGAUGUCUAUAAUUUGAGAGAGGAGUCGGCUGGCACCAAUGUGAGCACCUGGAUUUUUAGUGAGGUGCCCCGGCUGCAGUACUUCAAAUACGAGAGCACUCAGCGUGUGCUAAAUGAGUCAAUUUUCUAUGCAUUCGAUAAUUUGACCACAUUGGAGCUGCGUCUGGCUGUGCGUUAUUUGCCCUCGCGGCUCUUCGCCAGCAUUGCGCAUAGCCUGCAAAUCCUGUCCAUUUGGAAUCCGCAAAUGUUCCACUUUGAGCCAGCCCUACUGGACGAGCUGCAACAGCUGCGCAAUUUGAGCCUAAAGCUGGCGUUGCCACCCGAGGAUCGAAUCAAACCGCGGCUUCAUUCGCUCUUCAUCUCCAUGCAACAGCUGGAGGAGCUGCGCUUGUCGCGUGCCAACAGCCAUGUGAAUGCCACCAUGCUUAAGGGCAGCUACAAUCUGCGCCUUAUUGGCAUCAAUCAGAAUCCGGAGCUGACCGAGCUGCCCAGUGAACUGUUCGUCGAUCAGGGCAAUCUUACGCUGCUCGAUCUAUCCUGUAAUGGGCUGUCCAAGCUGCCAACGGAUCUGUUCAAUGGCCUGGUCAAAUUAAAAGUUUUGGAUCUAUCCAACAAUAGGCUAACAAGCUUAUCGAGUGAACUGUUUACAAUGCUGACAUCGCUCUCUAGUCUGCUGCUCAAUCAAAAUUCGCUGACCUCUCUGGAUCCGAUCACGUUUGGGAACGUGCGCAGUCUGGACUUUAUCGAUAUGCGCGGCACCCAGUUCUAUGGAGUAAAACUCUGGAUGCCCUUUGAGGCGUUGGUGUGCACCAACGAUGACAUCUGCCAGUACAAGUCGGCGGAUUGGGAAUGCGAUCCACAGUGCAUUUGCUGGGUGCAGCGGGAAACGCUGCAGCUCUUUGUUGACUGUCGGGGAGCGGCGAUGACGGAGCUGCCACUGCUGCCGCAAACAACGCUGGUACGGACAACCCUCAAGUUGAUGAACAACAGCAUUAGCCAGCUGCCGGAAGCCAGUGGCAUUGUCGGCUAUGCCAAUGUCAGUCAACUGAGCCUUGCCGAUAAUCUGCUGGUUAGCUUGGAUGGUGCCAGCCAACAGCUGCCGGGCAAUCUCAGCCUGCUGGACGUGCGUCGGAAUAGGAUAAGUGUAUUUGAUCAGGACUUUAUCGAUUAUCUGGCCAAUAAUACCAUGAAUCUGGCCAUAGGUGGCAAUCCAUUGAGCUGUGAUUGUUCCGCCCUGCCGCUGUUGGGAUUUGUGCGUGCACAGCCGCAGCGUGUCCAGGAUAUGGGUGAUAUUUACUGCAGCGGCCGGCCAGAGAAACCAUUCCAGCAAAUGGAGGUGGGCGAGCUGUGCCCCUCGUAUAUUCUGCUCAUUGGCUGCAUUCUGGGUGGCCUCGUGAUUGUCAUCUGUCUGAUUAGUGUGGUUUAUCUCAUCUAUCAGCAGGAGCUCAAGAUAUGGCUCUACAAUCACAACUUUUGCCUAUGGUGGGUAUCCGAGGAGGAGCUGGACAAGGACAAGACCUAUGAUGCCUUCAUCUCCUAUUCGCACAAGGACGAACAGCUGAUUGCCCAGCUGCUGCCCAAGCUGGAGAGUGGCCUGCACGCCUUUCGUGUUUGCCUCCACGGUCGCGAUUGGCUCGUUGGCGACUGCAUUCCCGAACAGAUUGUGCGCACCGUUAACGACUCAAAGCGUGUGAUAAUUGUGCUCUCGCAGCAUUUCAUCGAUUCCGUUUGGGCGCGCAUGGAGUUCCGCAUUGCCUACCAGGCGACGCUGCAGGAUAAACGCAAACGCAUCAUAAUUAUCCUGUACAAGGAGCUGGAACACUUCGAGGGCAUCGAUAGCGAGCUGCGCGCCUAUCUCAAGCUCAACACCUAUCUCAAGUGGGGCGAUCCACUGUUCUGGAGCAAGCUGCGCUAUGCCAUGCCCCACAAUCGGCGCGUGCUCAAGGGACAGAAGAAGCACGUGGGCCCACUCAUCUGAUAUGUUCCCAAAAUAUAUCAAAUUUUGGUUAAUUAAACACUUUAGUUUUAGUUAUUUUUGGUAAGCUUAUGCUAUAAAUUUAAGUAAUCUAAUCUUAACUCGUUCUAAGAUAAUUUAAGAUACUCGAUAGGGAAUUCUAAUUUAUAGCAUAGCUUAUAUUUGUUUAAUUAAAUUUAAAGAAAAUAUUUUAUAAUAUUCUUUAGUGGGCAUUCGCUUUAACUUUUUUAAGAUUUUUAACCAAUUUUUGAGAGUCCUCGAAGUACUUUAAACCCAUUACGAAUCGUAAUUCGGCAUAG